CUAACUAGUAUAAAUUAUGAAAGUACUAGGAUUUGGAGGUUGUGUAUGCUUCUAGCUCAAAAACCUUAAUCAACUAGGACUAGUCCAAUUAUAUAUAAGCACCGCACUCCAUCAGCGAAUUAAACCCUACGCAUAAACGAAAAAAAACAAUCCCUGCAAAAUCAGAAUCCUCUGUGUUUUUUUUUUUUUUUUUUUUUUAUUUAGCCAUGGAAGACACUACAGAGCAGAGUCAGACACCUCCUGAAGAUUUCCAAGAAAACACUUAUCCCCUCGAUCAGAACACAUAUUCUCAAGAAGAAGAAGACGAUGAUGAAUGUAGUAGCUACGGACCCUCUGAUUGCUAUGAUUAUUUGGAGGAACAAGAAGAAAGCAAUCAUGGCAGAGAAAACACGUCCGCUGAUUACUAUGAUUAUUUGGAGGAACAAGAAGAAAGCAAUCAUGGCAGAGAAAACACGUCCGAAGAAAAUCACUUUCAACGUAUGAAUACAGAAAGAAGCCUUCCUUUCCAGGGCACUUACAUGUGUUUUCCUCUAUCCCUGAUUGGGAAGUCGCAACUUGAGCAGGGUGAUCAGAUCAUAAUGCCCCCAUCAGCUUUUGAGCAUCUCCUGCGCCUGGAAGUUGGUUUCCCGAUGCUAUUCAAAAUCAGUAACGAUUCCAAGGGACGGGUUUCGCAUUGCGGAGUUUAUGAAUUCACUGCUGAUGAGGGUUCUGUGUUUUUGCCGAGUUGGAUGAUGAAGAACUUGCAGUCGCAGGAAGGUGAAUUACUUAGCCUGAAGAGUGCUACCCUUGAAAGAGGAACUUACAUAAAGCUGCAACCCCAUUCUAUGGAUUUCUUGGGCAUUGUCAAUCCAAAAGCAGUCCUGGAAUGGACUCUGAGUUCCAAGUUCUUCUGCCUCACCACCGGAGAUACUAUUGUGAUCAACUAUAAUAGUAAGAAUUUUUUUAUCGAUAUAGUGGAGACCAGGCCUUCUUCUGCUGUUUGCAUUCUUGAUACGGAUUGCGAAGUGGAUUUUGCUCCUCCUCUGGAUUAUAAAGAGCCAGUAAAACCUGCCAAAAUAGCUAAAGAGGAGGAGCAGGCUGAAGAGAAGGAGCCAAGCAAGGAGAAAGCAAUGUUCAUCCCGUUUACAGGUUUGCCCAGACGUUUGGAUGGGAAGCCUGCAGCAGAGUUGGCUUCAUCCACUUCAUCUUCUGUUGGGGAAAAUAACCAUACAAGAACAAUUGAUGCAGAGUCGAGAUCCCAGAAACGUCCAGGAAAGCUAGUGUUUGGCUCCCCUGAUUCAGAAAGCAAAUCAGAAAAGACAGAGGCCAAGAUUGUUAGAAGUGAAUCUCCAAAGAAACAGCAAUUUCAGCCAUUCACAGGGAAGAAGCACUCAUUGAGAGGCUGA